CGAAAUCCCUCCAACACCACUGGCCUUUGGCGUCCGUAGCCAUUUUGGCUCAAGGCAACUUUUGGUCCGUUACACUCGUUCCUUACGUCACGCCUGCGAUCUGUCAUCGCUCCAUCGAGUGAGAUGGGCGCCUGGACGCUAAACCCGGCCACGUGGUUGGUGCUCCUGCUCGGGCGCAGCAUGCCCACCGCAUUUGCCCUCGAAGCGGUGCAGCUGCGCGCCAACACUUCCUCGGAGUCCGCAGCUACCUGGACGCUGCUGCUCAGCUCGACUUUGGGCAAUACCAACAUCGGGGACUUCUCCAGCGGCUCCACGUAUGGAAACCAGGGCAGCUACACCUGGUCAGACUAUCGUAUCGGAUACACUGGGUCGCAGCUCCAGAGUAUCGGCAUGUCCGGUAUGCGCGUGACUACCGCAUCUGGGUAUUCCGUCGAGCAUUAUUGGACCGUGAGUGCCUCGGGCUUCGACAAUACGUGCACGAGCUGCAAUUGUGGCGGCAACAGCCUCGGAAGUAACUACUACUGGCACGGUGGACGCGGCGGUUGCUACGGUUCGACGCAUUUCGGGCUCAAGAGGGAGGCCGACGUGCACAGCUGGUGCAACGCUGGGGGCUGGGAUAACGGUAAUGCCUGGGGUCAUUUUCACCGCACUCACGUCAACACGGGCGUCUAUUUCUUCGGCGACAGCUGCAUUAACGAGAAUGAGUGGGGGGAGCGGUACUAUUUCUGGGGCGCCCUUGCGACGCCUUCCCCGACGCCCUACCCGACACCCUACCCGACGCCGUACCCGACUCCGUACCCGACUCCGUACCCAACGCCGUACCCGACUCCGUACCCGACGGCCUACCCGACUCCGUACCCGACGCCGUACCCGACGCCGUACCCGACGGCGUACCCGACUCCGUACCCGACUCCGUACCCGACGCCGUACCCGACGGCGUACCCGACGGCCUACCCGACGGCCUUCCCGACGGCCUACCCGACGGCCUACCCGACGCCCAGCCCCACGCCGUCCCCUACGUAUCCUCUAGGCUGGCCGACGCCACACCCGACGUUCCCUGCUGGAGCUCCCAUGGCGGGUGGAGCUGGGGCAUCCGUGGCUGCCACAGGCGACCCACAUCUGCAGAACGUCUAUGGUGAGCGGUUCGACCUGAUGAGGCCUGGCAAGCACAUUUUGAUUCACAUUCCACGGGACGAGCGCAUGGAGAAUGCGUUGCUUCGUGUCGACGCUGACGCUGUGCAACUGGGUGUGCAGUGCACAGACAUGUACUUUCAAGAGUUGAACCUCACAGGUGCGUGGGUGGAGGCUAAGCGGACCGGGGGCCUCUAUUUCCGCGCUCAGGAUAUGGGCGACGCAGAUCCGAAAUGGGAGCACUUUGGGAAGCUCGAAGUGAAGAUUGCCCAUGGGCUCACGCACGAUGGGAUCCAGUACUUGAACUUUUACGUGAAGCACCUCGGACGUGCCGGGCUUGCUGUCGGAGGACUCUUGGGAGAAGAUGACCACACUGAGGUAGAAAUGCCUUCGGACGAGUGUGUGCGGCGGAACAGCAUGACUCUCUAGGAGGACUGAUUCCUGUGCAGGAGCGCGUGCGAUUCCGAACCUCAACCUUUGCACAUACGCCCCUUACGUUGCAGAGGCAAUUGUCGCCCAACGACGCGUGCAUGAGAUGAGGUCACCUUCUUCCACCAGGCGCGCCGGCGCAAAGCACUGUCUGCCUCAUCGUACGCAAUGUUUCUGUGAAGGCGCGAGAAAAAAAGCACACCACUAGCCUUUGGCGCAUUUCAAUGUAGGAACGUUCAAACAUCAGUGAACUGGUUUUCAGCAGAACGGUUGCCAGAAUCAUUGAUUGUGCUGGUCUCCAGCCAGU